AAUUAAAUGAAUUUCGGUUUGCUUGGCCUUCCGGUCUCACUUCCUGACUCUCCCCUCGCAGGUCGCUCCCGAGAGAGAUGGUCGAAGCGGAGCGCCACCACGCAUCCGUCGAGCGUACAAUCCGAGAUCCCUGAUUCACCGAUCGCGUCUCCUCCUGCCUAAUUCACCGAUGGCGAACUCGGAGGCAGUCGAGUCGUUGGCCGGGCCCGCGUCGGCGGCGGCGGCGACGGCGAGGGCGGAGGAGUUGAAGAAAGAACUGUGGAGGCUGGUGAGGGAAAUCUCGGAGUCGGAGGAUUGCAGCGUAGAAUCUUACGAGGACGCGUCCAGGGCGCUCGACGCCCUCAAGGACAUCAGGUUCCGCGGGAGCGUGAGUUCGAAGGAGGCUCUCGCGUGCCAGAGGAAGGCGGAGGGAAAGAUGGAGCCGGCGGGCGUACCGAAGCAUUUUUUGUGCCCGAUCUCCUCCGAGACGAUGAGAGAUCCCGUCAUCCUUGCCUCCGGACAGACCUAUGACAGGCUUUUCAUUCAGGAAUGGUUCAGUUCCGGGAAUAGAACAUGCCCACAAACUCAACAAGUUCUAUCCGACUUCACCCUCACCCCGAAUCAUCUCGUACGCAGCAUGAUCUCCCAAUGGCGCAUUGAACAUGGCCUCACUCUCCCUCCACAAGAUCAUGAGCAAGGAGGGUUGAUAACUAGAAAGGAGCGGAAUGCACUUCGUAGGAUCCUCGACAAGAUAUCAUCGUCCUCCAACAUUCCAGAACAAAAGCAAGCAGUUAGAGAGCUCCGUCUGCUCACCAAGCAAAACGGAUCGUUUCGUGCAUUGGUGGGGGAGAACCCAGAUGCAAUAUCACAUUUGGUGUCUGUUCUUUCUGUCCCGGGAUUGAAUUGCGACCUGCAGGUGCAGGAGGAUGCUGUGACGACGAUGCUUAACCUUUCGAUCCAUGAAAGCAAUAAGAAGAUUGUGGGUGAUAACCCGCAAGCAGUUGCUUUGCUUAUUGAGGCACUGAGGACCGGAAACAUGGAGACCCGUAGCAAUUCAGCUGCAGCAUUGUUCAGCUUGUCUGCCCUCGAGUCCAACAAAGUAAAGAUUGUUAAAAUGGGCGCGAUGAAACCGCUGGUGGAACUGCUAGAACAAGGCAGCCACAGUGCCAAGAAGGACGCCGGUUCCGCAAUCUUCAACCUCUGCAUAUCUCAUGAAAACCGGGCCGGGGCACUGAUGGAAGGGGUGGUGGGUGUUCUGCUGAAGUCAAUCGCAGACCAAUCACUCGUCGAUGAAUCACUGGCGAUCCUCGCAUUGUUAUCAAGAGACCAGGAGGCGGUCGAGGAGAUUGCCGAGAACGGCGGCGUGGCCUCCAUGCUGAGCUUAGUGAAGGACAGCGAUCGCACCCGCAACAAACAAAACAACAAAGAGAAUGCAGCAGCCAUUCUGUUCGCAAUUUGCAUGCAUGACCGGACAAAGCUGCGGGAGGUUGCAGAGGAGGAGGAGAAGACCGGGAGCAUUUCUCACUUGGCUGAGAACGGCACCCCCAGGGCGCGCAGAAAGGCUGCUGGAAUUCUGGAAAAAUGGAAGAAGAGGUUGCGCAGCACACAUUAUUCAUGUUGAGGAAUCAAUCAAUCAUCAAGGUGAAGAUGCACAUAUAUAUGUAAAUAAUACCCCAAUCUCUUCUCUUCAGUUCGUGGAGACUACAUCUUCUGAGAUGUAGAAAAAGAUCUGGUAUUUUUUUUCCCCCCAAUAAUGUCUGUCUUUUGCAUAAACAUGAUUUUUGUCUGCGACUA